CGGCGGAGCCUCGGAGGCAGCGCCCAGCCAUCCGACCCGCCCCUCUCUCCCGCCCAGGCCCGGCCGCUGCCCCUGCGGCGCGUGGGUCAGGGACGCGAGCCAUGCAGGAGACACCGCCCCCGCCGCUGGGCAGCAGCAAGCCGCACCUGGAGAAGCUCACCCUGGGAAUCACCCGCAUCCUCGAAAAAUAACUGCAUGCUACCUGAGGAUGUGAAGAACUUUUACCUGAUGACCAAUGGUUUCCACAUGACAUGGAGUGUGAAGCUGGAUGAAAACACCAUUCCAUUGGGCAGCAUGGCAAUUAACAGCAUCACAAAACUGACUCAACUCAGCCAGUCUUCCAUGUAUUCACUCCCUAAUGCACCAACUCUGGCAGACCUGGAGGACGAUGAGCAUGAAGCUAAUGAAAACCAGCCAGAGAAGCCUCACUUUGAUUCUCGCAGUGUGAUAUUUGAGCUGGAUCCUUGCAAUGGGAAUGGGAAGGUUUGCCUUGUUUACAAAAGAGGGAAACCAGCAUUAGCACAAGACACUGAGAUCUGGUUCCUGGACAGAGCAUUAUACUGGCAUUUUCUCACAGAUACCUUUACUGCCUAUUAUCGCCUGCUCAUCACCCACUUGGGCCUGCCCCAAUGGCAGUAUGCCUUCACCAGCUAUGGCAUCAGUCCACAGGCCAAGCAAUGGUUCAAUAUGUAUAAACCCAUCACCUACAACACAAACCUGCUUACAGAAGAGACCGACUCCUUUGUGAACAAGCUGGAUCCCAGCAAAGUGUUCAAGAGCAAGAACAAGACCUUAAUCCCCAAAAAGAAAGGGCCUGUUCAGCCUGCAAGUGGCCCGAAAGGGCCCUCAGCUCCUCCCUCCACCUCCAAGUCCUCCUCUGGCUCUGGAAACCCUGUCCGGAAAUGAAAGCCCCCGACUUCCAGUUCCCCACCAGUUCCGUAGCAAUGAUUUCCACACAGAUUCCCCGGGGGUAGUCAAAGUUCUGUAUUUUGUGUGUGUGGAACCAUUCUCUUCCAUCUGAGUGACCAGAAUUCUAGGCCUUUUAUUUUCAUUGGCAUUAGCCAGAAGUUGAAAGGGUAUACUCAAGUCUCCCCAAGGGUCUCCCCCUCAUAUCCUUGGUAGCAGGUUGUGCUACCCCCUUCCUCUGGAAGCUGUGGAAAAUUUCUGACUUGUUUAAGUGAUUAAAUAGAUCUGUUAAGGGCGUUCCUUUCAUUCCACUUCCAAACGCCUACCCCAGUGAUUAGAGAAGUUCCCCCAAGGAAACCACAUUAUGAUCCAUGAGACAUUAGAACUAUGCCAUUCACUUGGUAGACACUAGUUGCAAGUGGCUUUUUAUAUUAAAAAUUCACUUCCUCAGUUGCAUUUACCACAUUUUGAGUUUUCUUGUGGCUAGUGGAUUCUGUAUUAGGUAACAGAGGUGAUGGAACAUUUCCAUCAUCACAGGAAGUUCUCUUGGGCAGCACUGCAUUAGAAUAUUUUCACACUUCUUCCUCAGAUCAGUUAAUUUUUGUUAGGGAAUGUUGAUACCUUAAUUUUAUGGGUCAUAAUGUUCCUUGAAAACUUUUGAAAAUAAAAUUUUAUGUUCAUAUCCUUCACCACAAA